CUACACUACACUGUCCUGUCAACACGAAACAAUAACAGCUACUAAAAUCUUACCGCGAUGAGUUUGUGGGUGGACAAAUACCGACCGGCUUCCCUUGGGAAACUCGACUAUCAUAAAGAGCAAGCGGCUCAGCUGAGAAACCUGGUUCAGUGUGGAGACUUCCCCCACCUGUUGGUGUACGGUCCUUCGGGCGCGGGAAAGAAGACCCGCAUCAUGUGUCUGCUGAGGGAGCUGUAUGGAGCCGGGGUGGAGAAGCUGCGUAUAGAGCAUCAGACCAUCGUGGCUCCCUCUAAAAAGAAAAUUGAGAUCAACACAAUAGCAAGCAACUACCACUUGGAAGUUAACGCAAGUGAUGCUGGAAACCAGGAUCGUGUGGUGAUUCAAGAGCUGAUUAAAACAGUGGCUCAAUCUCAGCAGAUCCAGUCAAGCACCCAAAGGGAGUUUAAAGUUGUGCUGCUAACAGAGGUUGAUAGACUCACGAAGGACGCCCAGCAUGCUUUGCGCCGCACAAUGGAAAAGUACAUGUCCACCUGCCGCCUCAUCCUCUGCUCAACCUCCACUUCUAAAGUCAUCGGGCCAAUCAGGAGCCGUUGUCUGGCUAUCAGAGUUCCUCUGCCAAGCACAGAAGAGGUUUGUAGUGUUCUUACAUCGGUUUGUAAAAAGGAGGGUCUGCUCCUCCCGCCUGAACUGGCCAAGCAAAUCUCUGAGAAAUCCGGGCGCAACCUCCGCAAAGCUUUGUUGAUGUGUGAGGCAUGCAGAGUGCAGCAGUAUCCAUUCUCAGCAGACCAGGAUGUCCCGGAGACCGACUGGGAGGUCUACGUCAGAGAGACAGCUAAUGCCAUCGUCAGCCAGCAGAGUCCUCAGAGGUUAUUGGAGGUUCGAGCCAGGCUGUAUGAGCUUCUGACUCACUGCAUCCCUCCUGACAUCAUCAUGAAGGGUCUGGUAACAGAGUUGUUGAGUAACUGUGACGGGCAGCUGAAGACAGAGGUGGCCCACAUGGCAGCCUACUAUGAACACAGACUCCAGCUCGGAAACAAAGCUAUCUACCACCUGGAGGCUUUUGUCGCCAAGUUCAUGGCCAUCUACAAGAAGUUCAUGGAAGACGGUCUAGAUGCAAUGAUGUUUUGAUUCUGAAUGGGCUAAUGCAAGAUGCUCUCACUGGCAUCUUGUUCUUUUUUUUUUUUUUUGUCCAAACAAGCCUUUCAGCAGACUGCAUACAUGUUCACCAGUACUAUGUUAUGUGGGCAUAAUGGUCACAUUGAUACAGCACACCCCGGAAUGACUCUUGAUCAUUUUGCAGUUUGUGGCUUUAUAAUUGAUGGAUCAAUACCCAAAACUUCAGCACUUUACACUGUUAGUAAACGUUCACUCUAGAGGUGUAUACAACUUACUCCAAACAGAACUACUUUAAUGUUUGCAGGCAAAGAUUAUCUGAACACAUAUCUGUUUAUAGAUGAGAUCAUCAUGAACAUUUGGAGGUUUUUUUUUAUAACGUUUCUCCUGAAGGUUGAAUAGUUGGGUAUUAUAUAACGUGGUGUUUUGGUGUGUAACAUGGAGCACUGUGUUCUCGUGGAAACAUUGGAAGAGAGUGGCGGUGAUUAAAAAAAAAAUGUACCAAAGUAAACAA